GUUACAUUCUCUGCUCUUCCCAUUCAUACCAACCACCAUGAAUUACCUACGCUUAUAAAUGUCGUAGUCAUAAGUCAUAACUAACACAACAUGGCUUUAGCUAUUCUGUAUAUUCACUAAUCAUACAACAUUUUUUCUUUGUGCAGUAAGAACUUGCAGUUACUAGAUCAGUAACGUGGCCAUCUUUUGUAGAACUCUAUUUAAAUCCUCUCAUUGCCACCGAAAUAAACUAAUAUUCACAAAGCAUCUACCUUUCAAAAAGAAAGAACAGAAGAACUUUCGAGGGAAAGAGAGAGAGAGAUAAAGAAGAAGGGCAGACAUAUAGAGAGCAUUAGGAUAUUGAUUUGUUCUCAUAUUCUGGUUUUUCUUGGAUAUUGAAGAAUGCAAAAUUUUCACAAUUGUGUACCUUUCUAUGUCUCUGCAUACUACCUUAUUCUUCUACCAUUAGUUGGCUGUUCAUUCCACGAAGACAUGAAUCAUUUCAGCAGUCACAAGAGCAAUAUUACAGAUAACUUUCACAAGCUAAGUCCUCAGAUGACAUCUGAUAUCACAAUUCAUGGGAUUCUCCUAUGGGCUUCACUGGGGUUCUUAUUUCCUGUUGGGAUACUUAUUAUCAGAAUGUCUAGCAGAGAGGAACCUGGUUCUGCACGGUUCAAAGCUUUUUUCUAUGUCCAUGUCAUUUUGCAGAUACUCUCAGUGCUUCUUGCCACAGCCGGAGCUGUCAUGUCAAUAAAAAAAUUCGAGAAUUCAUUUGAUAACAGCCACCAAAGACUAGGUCUAGCACUUUAUGUUGUCAUAUGGGUGCAAGUCUUUAUUGGAUUUUUCAGGCCUAAAAGGGGGAAGAAAGAAAGGGGUAUGUGGUAUAUCUUGCAUUGGAUACUUGGGACAAUAAUUUCUCUGGUGGGGAUCAUCAACGUUUACACAGGCUUAAAUGCAUACAAUAGGAAAACAUCAAGGAGCACAACCCUUUGGACUAUACUUUUCACAGCUGAGGUCUCUUUUAUUGCUUUCUUUUACCUCUUUCAAGACAAAUGGGAGUAUAUGCAAAAGCAAGGUGUCACUUUAGGUGAUUUGCCGAUCGCACUUUCUAAUCAAGAAAUUCCUGAAAGGUUCAACCAAAAGGAGAUGUUGCCUGAACCAUGUAGCAAGCGCAAUGCACUUAUGAAUUUGUUUGACUAACAAGGGGUUCUUUAUAAUAUCUUUUUUUUUUUGCUAUAAUUUUUCUUUUGGGUUUCUCAUUUGCGCUUUGUUUUUGAUGCAUGCACUUUAUACACGUGGAAGGUAACUUUACAAAAGAUUACACUAAUGGAGUGCAUGCAUCAAAAAGUGGAGUACGGAUUGUGAAUCCAAUUAUGUCUAAGGAUUUUUCAUUUUUAUGUGUAAGUACAUAUAUAUGUAUAUUGUAGCUAUAUGUUUGAUAUUAUGGGAUUAGUAAAUUUGGUGGUUUUUUUUU